AUGAGUUUCUCCAACAUGCUGAGCAGGCUGCAGGGUCAGCCCGAGAGCUACGACAAGAAGGCCAAAUACCGCUUCGGACGCACCCUUGGAGCUGGAACGUACGGUAUAGUCCGUGAGGCUGACGGUCCCACUGGCAAGUGCGCCGUGAAGAUUAUCCUGAAGAAGAACGUUAAGGGCAAUGAAAGGAUGGUAUACGACGAGCUGGACAUGCUCCAGCGCCUCAAGCACCCCCAUAUCGUCAAGUUUCUCGACUGGUUCGAGUCGCGUGACAAGUACUACAUCGUUACUGAGCUAGCUACGGGCGGAGAGCUCUUCGACCGGAUUUGCGAGCAGGGUAAGUUCACGGAGAAGGACGCUUCGCAAACCAUCAAGCAGGUCCUUGAGGCCGUCAACUACCUGCACCUGAACAACGUUAGGCAAGCUCUUCCCGAAGUCUCGCACCAUUCUCACGCAGCCUUGCUGACUCAAAAGUUAGAUCUGAAGCCCGAGAACCUUCUCUAUCUGACCAGAGACGCCGAGUCUGACCUGGUCCUGGCCGACUUCGGUAUCGCGAAGAUGCUCGACAGGAAGGACGAGGUUCUUACAACAAUGGCCGGCUCCUUUGGAUACGCAGCCCCCGAAGUCAUGCUGAAGAAGGGUCACGGUAAGCCCGUGGACAUGUGGUCCAUGGGUGUCAUCACAUACACUCUUCUCUGCGGUUAUUCUCCUUUCCGCUCCGAGAAUCUCCAGGACCUCAUCGAUGAGUGCAGUAAUGCCCAGGUCGUUUUCCAUGAGCGUUACUGGAAGGAUGUCAGCGACGAUGCCAAAGACUUCAUCCUGCAUCUUCUGCAACCGGAGCCCGUGAAGCGCUGGUCGAGUGAGGAGGCUCUCCGUCACCCCUGGCUCAGCGGAGAGAACGCCACCGACCACAACUUGCUUCCCGAGAUCAAGGCGUACAUUGCCAAGGCUCGUCUCCGCCGUGGCAUUGAAAUGGUCAAGCUUGCCAAUAGAAUCGAAACCCUCAAGGCCCAGGAGGAAGACACGGAAGACUCGGAUUUCCCGGCCGAUGCAAUCAGCGCAGCCGACCAGUCCAAGCACGUCGGCGCGCAUGACAUCGCUGUUGGCGAGAAGCGGAGUUUGUCAAAGACGAUCAAGGGGGCUAUCUUCCGCGAGGUUGUCCUUGCCAAGGUCCGCGAAAUGAAGCAGCAGGAGGAUACGCUCAAGGUGAAGGAGGAGGCGGAGAAGGAGCACAAAAGACGCAGCUUCCAGGGCUGA